UAGGCUUUGGAAAUCAAAUUCCAAUUCCAAUUGCAAUUCACGGCAUCAAAUCCACACGGGACACAAACAGAAACACAACUCUCAGGCGGCUCAGUCACGCCAGCACAAAAGCCAAAUCAACACUGUACGAAACCAACUAUUCUACAAACGCAAUCGUCUUCUUCUUCUUCGAUCGAUCUUCAUACAUCCAAAAAUGCUCUUCUCUAGGGUUUGAGCUCCAAACAAGAAGAUAAACAAGAGGGUUAUGGAGGUGGUCGAGGUGCCAGGGUCGAAGCCCGUCGGCGGAGGCGAUUCAGAGAACGAUCGGCUUCGCGUGAAGAGGAAGACCUUGGAGGCAGUGCUUCAGCAAUGCCAGAGAGCUCUCGAAUUGAUUGGUGACACCGGCUUCGACGCUGAUGCCGAUGGUGCAGUGUCCGACGACGGGGAGGAGGCGCCCGAGGGUUCGUCGGCACCCGAUAAGGAGACUGACGAGUUGUGUGAUCUUCUAAAAUCUAGAUUUGAAUGCUCUGAUUUCCUUGAAAAGCUAGAGAGUGCCCAGGCAUCAGUUUCGCAAAAUUUGGCUGAAGAAGGAAAUUCUUGGGACAUGAUCAGUGAAAAUGAUCUAUGGGAAGGUGGAAGCAUGGAGCUGGACCAAGAUGAUUAUGUUUUAGUUAGGCAAGAAGAUAUAGUGGAGGGUAUUGCAUGCUUCAUGGCUGCCUACCUGUUAUCCCUUAAACAGACUAAGGAUUUGACCCCUAAUCAACUCCAAGAUGCCCUGAGCAAGACAUUUUCUGUGAAGAAGAAAAAGGGAAAGCUUCGAAAGGCAUGGGAUGGAAGCAAAGUCAUCUAUAAUGUAGCAUCUUGGGGAGCAACUGCCAUUGGGAUUUACCAAAACCCCGCGCUUCUUAGGGCCGCCUCUGCAGCAUUUUGGACUUCUUGCAAUGUCAUAUCAAAGCUUUUCUAACUAUUUCAUGUUGGAGGAAUUUCUGAUGAUUGGGACCCGUUUUAAGUGUUGUAAUUUGUGCAUGUGCUACCGAAAGCUGUGUGGUGUUCCAUAUAUUAAUUAUGUAACAUAAUCUGUCAUUCUUUUGUGGUACAGCUCCCAUUGAUUGCUCUUUGGCAUUAUUUGAAGCUUGUAAAUAUUCUUCUUCAGUUAAAGCAUUUCCGUGUGCUGUUACAGAUUUAGGAAAGUCUGAUCUUAUUGCAAUAAUUUUCAGAAUUAUGGAGAUUUGAUCAGCUUCUUCAAUCGGCAAAUGGGCACAUAUUCAUCUCUUAGGUAUUU